AUGGCUACAAAAGAAAACAACGGAGCGGAUAAAGUGACAGCCAGCUGCUCCAUUGAGGUGAUCAGUCCCGCCAUGGGUUUGGUGGCUGAGGACGCGGAAGACGAGCGAACCGACGAAGAGCGUCCACCCAGAGGUGACAAGGAAGCGGACGAAGCUUCUUGGGCUGGAGCAGGAGUGUCGGCAUCGCGAGACGUUGCGCUCUGCUCCGGUCUUGUAUCGGCGCUUUCGUCUUGCUGA